AUGCUUAACUAUCGAGAUUAUCUUUAUACCGUCGAAAAAACUAACGACGACAAAAUUCUUUUUCGACGUAAAAAUCGCGAUCGCAAAGGGCGAUUUAAAACAAAUUUAGAUAUGGAUGCUAUUUUGUCUGAACCAACCAAGCAUUCACAUGCACCAAAUAUAGAUCAACUUCCAGUUGUCGAAUUGAAAAACAAAAUCAAAUCAACAGCUGCCGACAGCGAAAAAGUCACAAGUGGUAUUUUAUUUUCCAAUCUACGUUCUUUUCCGUUAGAUGCUGCUGGCCAAUUACCACAAACCAGCUCGGUUCUUCGAAUGAUUUGCUGUCAACGCCAAGCUGAAGCAACAAAUUCUGACAAUCUAAUUAAGAAAAGUACAAGUUAA